UCCGGGUCGGCGGGCCAAGAUGGCGGCGGCCGGGCGCUGGAGGCUGGUGCCCCUCGGCCGGCGGCUGUCGCGGCAGGCGGCCGCGGCUCAGGCCCCCGAGGCGGGCGGCCCGGGGCUGGCGGCGACGCCCGUGGCGCGGUACCCGCCGAUCGUGGCUUCCCUGACCGCGGACAGCAAGGCGGCGCGGCGGCGGCGCAUUCAGCGCUGGCAGGCGACGGUGCACGCGGCGCCCACCGUGGACGAGAAGAUGCGGAUCCUCACCAAGAUGCAGUUCAAGAAGUACGUGGUGUACCCGCAGACCGGCGCGCUGAACGCCGACCGCUGGUACCAGGCCUUCACCAAGACCGUGUUUCGGUCGGGCCUGCCGCCCGCGCCCGCGCCCCCCGCGCCCUCGCUCGACCUCGCGGGCCUGCGGGCCGCCGUGUGCGACGGCAUCCUGCAGGAGCACCUCUACCUGCGGCGCCGCCGCCAGCCCCGCCCCGACCUUCGCCGGCUCGUCGCCUCGUCCCUCCUGGACCAAACGGUGGGGACCCUCGUGAGCCUGCUCGCGCCACUCAACCCUGCCCUGGCCACCGGCGCCCUCGAUUCUAAGCGCCCCGUUGACUUUUACUGGUUUCGUGGUGAGGAAACCAUUCCUGCUGGUCAUCGGAAAGGUCAUAUUGAUGUUUUACGGUACCAGAUAAAUGAUAAACCACACAACCAGAUUCGAAUAUCUAAGCAGCUCCCCGAGUUUGUGCCACUGGAUUAUUCCAUUCCUGUAGAAAUCCCUGUUAUGAAGUGUAAGCCCGACAAGAUGCCGUUAUUCAGACGGCAAUAUGAAAACAGCAUAUUCACCGGCUCAAGAACAGCAGAUCCGUGCUGCUACGGUCACACCCAGUUUCAUCUGUUACCUGACAAGUUAAAUAGGGAAAGGCUAAUAAAAAAAAACCAAGCUGAGCAGGUAGAAGUUGUUUAUAGGUCUAACGCCAUUGCAAGUCUUUUCGCUUGGACCGGAGCACAAGCUAUGUACCAAGGGUUCUGGAGCGAAGCAGAUGUCACACGGCCUUUUGUCUCUCAGGCCGUGAUCACAGACGGGAAACAUUUCUCUUUUUUCUGCUACCAGUUAAAUACUUUAGCACUGACUGUACAAGCUGAUCAAAAUAACCCCCGUAAAAACAUAUGUUGGGGGACACAGAGUAAGCCUCUCUAUGAGACAGUGGAAGAUAAUGGCGUGAAGGGCUUUGACGACGAGGUUCUCCUGCAGAUAGUCCACUUUCUGCUCAGGAAACCAAAAGAAGACACAGCCCAGCUGGCAGGAAGCCAGGAGACAGCACCCAAUCCAGGAUCCUGAGGAUAGUUCAGUUUCACCAGAGGAACAAUAAAGUCAUUGCAGGAUUUUGUACUGUCAGUUAUUAUUAAACACAUUGAUUUUUUGAGAAAAACAAAAAUCACUUCUUAUGUUAACUGUCAUUGCACUUUACACUCUGUAGAUUCUUUAAAGAUUUAGUUUUAGAUGUAAUGAUAGUGAUUUAAAAAUGAUUCUCAGCUGAUAUGCCUUAGGAGGCUUGGGUGAAAGAAGAGCCUGCUCUAGCAGGCUCUGACCUUCACACAUGCCCUGCCUCUGUGUGUCUGCCUGUCUCUGAAGAAAUGUUUAAAAAGAAAAAAAUAUAUAUUUAUGUUGUACUAAUAAUAAUAUUGAGUUACUUUAAAUAUCUUGGUAUUUUGUAUCAUUAAAGGUGAUAACAGUGGGGAACUGGAGAGAACCUGAGUUGAUCCCAACACUUACAUGUGGCUUACAGCCCUCUGUCCUGACCCAGUGCCCUCUUCUGACCUAUGAGGUGCCAGGCACACACUGGUCCAUACAGAGACAUAUGCAUGAGAAGCACCCAUACACACAAAAUUAAAACCAUUAUAUAUGUCGGGUGUCUUGUAAAUAACGUGUUAGAGCAUUCUUCAUAAAGGCUGUUUUGUACAAGCUAAGCUGAGGCUUUACAAUGUAAUGUUUGGUCUUCAUUUUGAAAGGAUUUUGAUUUAAAACCAUAUACAAUAUGACAAGGAUACUUUGAUGGUAGCAUCUGAGUAAUCAGUUACUGUUCAACGGGCUGUAUAAGUGGUGCCCUGCUAGGGACACAGGCUGCUGCCUUGACCUGCGUAUUCCUCCUUUGCUUUUCCAGUUUAGAAUCUAAAACCAGAUGUGGUCAUUUACUAGAAGUCGAAAGGAUGUAGGUUAAUUACCACAGUUUCUUUAGCUUAAGGUCUGACAUACCACGCAUACAUUUUUAACAUUUGUUUUUCCUGAAUGUUUUGGCCAUGUACCGUGUGCAUGCAGUGCCUGCAGAGGCCAGAAGAGGGCAUCAGACUCCUGGUGUUACUGAUACACAACCAAUCCUCUAAUCACUGAGCCCUUUCCACCCGUCUUUUAAUAUCCACAAAUUUAGUUAUUUAUGUGGCUCCUCCACAUUUCCUACUUAAGGGUUUGUGUAACUAUGAGUAGAUUUUUUUUCUUUAUAAUUCUUUUUAUUGCUGAAACAUGGCUAAUGUUGAUUUUUGUCCAUUUCUGUGUUAAAAGCUAAUUUACCAAUUGAGUAGUUUUUGCAGUUGAUUCUUAAGAGGUGUAGUACCCUAAGUCCAGUCUAAUUUGGCUUUUUGUUACCUUGCCUCUCAACUUACGUGAAAAUAAGCAUCCAUGAAGAACUGUGGGCAGCGCUUCAGUCUGUCGUUCUAUGUGACUUUGAUGAUUGCCUUGGUUGAAACAUUUCUGGCCGCUAUUUCUUUGACGAUUCUUUCACAUCCCCCUGGCUACUCUUCCUCUGCCGUUCUUGAAAGAUUGACAUACCUCCAGGUUUUAUACUAGUUUCCAUAUUUAUUUAGUUCCCCUACUUGUCAUCAAAUCAUAGGGAUUUAGAUAUAAAUUCAAAAUUAGAACUUGCCUUCAAUUUUAUCAUAACUUCACGGUUCAUUGGUCUGAGUAAGUAAGCUUGCGGAUAAUUUUCUCCAUGAAUUUCUCAUUCCCUCAGGAAAAACAUUUUUGCAAUCCAGAAAAUAACUUAAUUUUAAUAAUAUUGCCAGGUACAAUGGACACAUGCCUGCAAUUCCACCACUCCCCUUCCCUCAUUCCCUCCCAACCCUACCCUCCCUCCCACGUCUCAUACCAUGUCCCUCCCCAAGUCCACUGAUAGGAGAGGACCUCUUUCCCUUCAAUCUGACCCUAGCCUAUGAGGUCUCAUCAGGACCGGCCACAUUGUCUUCCUCUAUGGCCUGGUAAGGCUGUUCCCUUUACUAGGGAACCCACUUGGCCACUGACCUGACAUGGGCUACCUCUGUGCAGGGGUUCUAGGUUAUUUUCAUGCAUGGUCUUUGGUUGGAGUAUCAGUCUCAGAAAAGACCCCUGGGCCCAGAUUUCUUGCUUCUGUUGCUCUCCUUGUGGAGCUCGUGUUCCCUCCAGGUCUUACUAUCUCCCCCUUCUUUCCUAAGAUUCCCUGCACUCUGCCCAAAGUUUGGCUAAGAGCCUCAGCAUCUACUUUGUUAACGUGCUGAGUAGACUCUUUCAGAGGCCCUCUGUGGUAGGCUUCUGUCCUGUUCCCUGUUUUCUCCCUCUUGCCUUUCUGAGUGAGGAUUGAUCAUCUUACCCAGGGUCCUCCUUCUUGCUUAGCUUCUUUAGGUGUACAGAUUUUAGUAUGUUUAUCCUAUAUUAUAUAUCUAACAUUCGCUUAUAAGUGAGUAUAUACCAUGUGUGCCUUUCUGCUUCUGAAUAUGUCACUCAGGAUAAUCUUUUCUAGUUCCCACCAUUUGCCUGCAAAUUUUAUGAUUUCCUUGUUUUUAAUUGCUAAGUACCACAAUUUCUGUAUCCAUUCCUCAGUUGAUGGACAUCUGUGUUGUUUCCAGAUUCUGGCUAUUACGAAUAAAGCUGCUAGGAACAUG